GUCUCUCUGUCUCUGUGCUGUGUGUCAAUUUCAGUCGUAAAAUUUUGUGUGAAUAUUUUUGCACUAGGAUCUCCGAAUAGAAAUCUAUCCAACGAUUUCCUAGUGAUUUAUCUUGAACUUUGUUUUAAUUAUAAGUAUUGUGUAGUUUACUUGAAGAAUGGAUUGCCUUGUGGGAUACGGUAGCGACGAUGAGAAUGAGUCUGAACGCUAUGGAAGCCAACAACCAUUGAAUGGUAUUAUAGGUGGGAGCGGGUGGCGCUGGUGCCCGCCGCAGGGACGACGAUACCAACUACGAUGACGUCAACAUGGACAUGAGCGAGGAUUCUCAGGACGAGUCCGAGCCGGAGCUGCCACCCGCUGAGCCAACGCCACCUCCACAGUCAUCACGCGAGGAACGGCCUUCCAAUGACAAUCGUGACCGUGAACGCGAGAGGGAACGCGAUCGCGACCGCGAUUUCGACCGCCGUGACAGACGUCGUGAAUCACCCGCACGACCGCGCGACAGGGAACGCUCUGAUAGGCGUUCUCCUCGCCGAGAUGAUAAAUACAGGUCAGAUCGCGAGCGUGACCGCGGCCGCCCGAACGACGGCAUCCGUCGUGGUCUCCUGGGAGACAGGCCUGAUGACCGGGAGAAGGUUCCUUCCCUGCUAGACGUGAAACCGUACGGCUGUGAAAUCCCACCACCCAUGGACAGAAGAUCUCAUGAUGCCAGAGAUGCUGUGUCUCCCAGAUUCAUAGACCGCGAGCGCCGCGAUAAAGAGAGGGACAGGGAACGCGAACGUGACAGAGACCGCCACAGCAGGCGUUCAGAGGAAAGACGGUCUUCAAGCCACAGACACGAGCGUCGCGAUCGCUCCCGCUCGUCGUCCCGCGGCGCGCAGUACGGGCCCGGCCACAGCUCGGACCGACGGUCCUCCCCGCCAGGAGGGGACUACAGACCCUCCUCCUACAAAGUCAACAGAAAACUCGAGGUCAUGGAAAAGAUGGCUAUACAUAAAGGUCUACAAAUCAAGACCCCAGACGGUUCAAUGGCGACUGCUCAGCAGCUACGCGCGGCCGCCAGCGAGGUCCCGACCCAGGGGUCCCACCUUCCUUCAUACUACAACCCUACCGCUGUCAAUGCUAAUAAAAUUAUGGAUCAGGUACAAAAGCGCAAGCUGUUGUGGUCAAACAAGAACAAGUCGGAGGCUGAAGAGGCUGCCAAGUGGAGCGGCACCAGGUUCGCACAGGACUCGGACGGGAAGCAGGUGUCCAAGUUCAUGAGACUCAUGGGCAUCAAGGAACCAGCCGCCGUUAAAAACGAAGCUCCAGAGAAAGCAGUGGACCCGAUCAAGAAGCAGGAAGAACUGUUCCAAGCGAUGCAGGCUCAGUACGAAGUAGCCAGGGCUACCACACACACCAUGCGGGGCGUGGGGCUCGGCUUCCAAAGAGGACAGUACUAGCGCCAGUGGGUGCCUAGCGGCGGCCGCCUGGCGAGCAGAUAGCGAUAGUGCAUGCCUAAUGAGACAUGGUGGUUAACUUUGCCUCAGGAUAGCCUGGGACAUAGGUCCCAAUUGGUUUGCGUCCCCCUCAAAAGGGGUAGUCAAAGUACUUGCCUACAGUACACCCAUAAAACAAGCACCCAAGUGGUGUUCUACAAAGAAUUGUUGAUUAGAUGCCAAGAUAAGUAAAUGUAACAUACAAGUGCUUGGCUAUGUCACCUCGUCAGCCUAGCACACGGUCAGUUGUGUGAUAAAAGUGAUUUUAUACAGCUUCCUUUCACGUUUCUAGUGUAAGUUACUGUGUAAUUUCUUAUUGUUCUAUUUUACUUGUGUGCAUUGUGUUUCAGGUUGUUUUUGUGAACCAAUUGUUUUCAAUGUAAAUAUAUUACUGCUACUCUUAUUUGUACUAGUUACGGUUGUAGCAUUAUGAAAAUGUUCAAUUGUCGGUUGAUCUAUAAAUCUUAUGAAUUUAAAACUUAUGGUAUUUCGUACUAAAGUAUGAUGGAGUCGGAAAUGAUGGAUGUAUGGAUAGUGUUGUAGCUGUAAAACAUUAGGUAUGAAGCCACUAAGUAGAGAUUAGAAUGGCUACAGCAUGUAGAGACUAAUCCAGUUCACACUGGUUUGGUACGGCUAGACUUUAUUCGGGAAGGACAUCAUUUAAGAUCACACUCUAAUAGCUUUAAUAAAACACAAGGAAAUGUAAAUUAUAUCCAUAAUAAAGAUAAACAAAAAUGUCCAUAAAAUUAGUGAAAAAUGUUAAGAUGUUGCUAAUCAUUGGAAAUUAGAUUUAAAAUUUGUAAAUAGCCAUGACAUGGUAUUGUGAGUAAGCUGUCUCCGAUUAUAAUACUCACGGCGAGUAUAACGCAGCGAGAUGAUUUAUAUUUUUAAAAUAUAUUUAGAUACGAAUGCGUCACGCGAAUCGCGUGGGUCGAGUCAGCGGAGAGAUUCGCAUAUUAUAAUGUGGAGUUUUAUAUAGCUGUUCCUGAAACAAGGAAAGACGUAUGAAGCAUAUGAAUUAAAAAUAACUAUUUUCUAGUUAUUACUUGCUUUACAAACGUUACAAAUAGCUAUAGUAACUCGGUUUAAGAUAAGUUCUAGUUUAAAUGCUAUGUGUGAUAUAAUGUUAUUCAAUUACCUAGUAAUAGCUCAAGUAAUAAACAAUGUAUGGGUAACUUUUAUCCAAUGAGAUCUUCCUCUAUGUUCCUAAGUUCAUUGAAAUAGUUUAUAGCUUGCAAUUAAGUAGUUUAGCGGUCUUUUUAGUAAUUAUCCGUACACUGUUUAUUAUUUUUGUUGUUGUUUAAGUAAAUAAACUAUUACGAUAAAA